GGGACCAGCGUCAGGCGGCGGAGACCCCGUGCCAAAGGUGUCGUCUGCUCAGGUGUCACCGGCUGGCUGUGUGAAGGGGGAGCAGAGAACAGGAGAUCAGCAGCUGUGGAGGGAUCAGAUCACCAGGUGGAAACGACACAUUCAGCUCCGUACCUGGACAAGACAACAGGCAGCUGUGUCCGUGGUGUCUGAGGGAAUCAAUGAGCAGAUUCAGGAGAAACAGCAACACUCUCCUUCAGGAUUUCUUCCACAGAGGAGUCCAUGGAGGAGACAGAGACACUCCUAUCCCAGCUCAGCCCAGAGAUGCUAAAAUGGUCCACUCCAUCGCCAGUCUGAUCAGAGCGAAGAGCAAACUCCUCCUCCUCGAGAAUCCUGACACGGUGGAGAUCUACAAGCUGGACGACUCAGUGGCCCAUUCUAAGAGAACUGCUAAAGACGACGUUUACCUCCCAGCCAUCACAACCAAGGUGUCCAGUCUGAGCUCGAUGAAAGGGGCUCUGAGUCAGUCCUGCCCUUACCUGUACGACAAAAGAAGAGGAUCUUUCUCCUCAGUGGCCUCUCAGAGAAGUGGAGCUCACCCUAAAAAGCAGAGUUCCCUGAAGGCACAGAAAGAGGCAAAGAAAUCCAACGUUACCGUGACGAUGGUCUACCUGGGACAAGGUCGUCGGGCUUCGGGGGGGCUGGGGUUGACACGGGAUGAACUGAAGGUGCUCCAGCAAGUCAACGGAGGGGAGAAUAUCUGCGUCUUCAAAGACCUGGUGACUCCAGGAGAGCAGUUCCAGUUUGUCUCCCAGCGACACAGAGGUUACCCCUUUAGCGCCACCCUAUAUGUAAACGGCAUCAUGGUGGCCAGAAUCAGCUCCUGCUGCGAGUACCGCUACGCUCCCGGCUUCCAGCAGGGCAGGAAGAGCUGCUUCAGGUUGACUUGGCUGUCCGGCGGGACACCCUGUUACAGAUGUACAAGUCUCCGAAACAAAUACAGCUCCUGCCAGCAGCUGAACAACGGCACAAAGGAGAACUUAAUUCCCCCCCUAGAGCAGAGCCCUGGCAACGGCCCUGUCGAGUCGUGUCCAUCAUCCCCUCUGUUUAUCCCCGCCAAACCAGAGAAGGAAUCGGCGAGGAGGACAAGAAAACACAUCAAGGAAGGCGGCGGAGGAUCUACAGACAGCGAGGACCCUGCAAUGGCUGGGUUUAAAGAGACCUCCAAGAGGAAACGACGCAAGGGUCAAACCAAUCAGAGAGGGGGCAAAGGCAAGACAGCUGGAAGUAAGAGGGAAGAGGGACCAGAUAGCAAGGGCUCGGAGGUCGCUCGGAGGUCAACAGUGACGGAAAAGCGUGAAGACAAAUCAUCGCCUGCCAGAGACGAGCAGAGAUCCACCGGCAAUGUCAAAGCUCCGGAGCAGCUGCGACUGAACAAGACAGACAAAGUUCUCGAUUCAUUGCAGGAUGAGGAAGCUCUGACUAAGCAGAACAGAGAGAAACAGAAGGCCGCGGGAUCAAAUGGGAAAAGCAGAGACGGGGAAAGACUGAAGGACUUCUACGAAGAAUGUGUGGAAAUGAGCGCUGCGUUGGAGCAGGGCCCAAACAAACACAACUGGUUCAAGGGGAGCAUCUUGGAGAGGUGCCGGCUCCAGAGGAGAUUGUCAUCGUGCCCCAAAGCUCCAGGCUCAGAUGUGGAGCUCAGCGCAGAAAGUGACACGGUCCUGCAGCCUGAUGAAGAGCCAGAGGAAGAGGAGGACACGGCCAGCCAGAGUGCUGGCAAAGAGGAGCCUGUCAAAGAACAAGACCUGCAGGCGCAGCUCGAUGCCAUGAUGACGGUGCUGAGCACAUCUGAUGAGGUGGAGCAGCUGGUUCUGAGGAACACGGACCUUACGGACGACCUUCUGCUGAGCCUGGCGGGGGCCCUCAAGAGCAGCCUGUCCGAGGUCACACUGCUCAACCUCAACCUAAACCUCAUCGGCCCAUAUGGCGCUCACAUCCUGCUGGAUGUCCUGGGAGUGAAGCCCCAGGUCAGGGGCUUACACUUAUUUGGAAACAAACUGCGUGACCAUGGAGUCCUGACCCUGUUAAAUGGAAUAGCCGCGCUGCAAGAGCAAACAGCGAGAGCUGCUGCUGCCAUCCAGCAGGCGAUGCUUUUCCCGUCGGAUCAGAUUCUGCAGGUGCCCACCGGAUGGAGCUCUUUCAGGGUGUUUGCGCUUGUUGAACUUGAUAUCGGGGGAAAUGGCUUGGGCAGCGACGGGGUGAAGGUAGUAGCAUCGUACAUGAGGCACCACUCGUACCUUCAGUACUUGGGGCUGGCACAGACCAGCAGCGCUGAUAUGGCGGCGUGGAAGGAGCUUUUCGACAGCCUCAGAGGAAACAGCACACUUACUCAGAUCGUCCUAGAUGAGAACAAUUUGGGAGAUCCAGGGGUCAGGCUGCUGGCUGACAUGCUGAAAGAGAACGUGUGUCUGCAACAGGUGGACCUGGAUGGGAAUGGCAUCAGCGACGUGGGAGGAAAUGACAUCAUGGGGGCGCUGCUGUGCAGGACGCAUCUCCCGCUGAGGCAUCUAAGCCUUCAGGAGAACAACAUCAGCACGGGGCUAAUGGGCAGGAUACAGGAGGAGGUGAAAUGCAAAUGAAUGCUGCAGGAGUGGGAGAAUCACUACCAAACCACGAGAACCUAUGUGACAUAAACACAGCGCUGACUUGAGAACUUAUUUGUUUACAUUCUGAGGUCAGAGAGGAAAAACUUGAGUCAUUUGACUUGUUUGACCUUCAAACACACACACACACGCACACGCACACACACACACAAAGAUCUCUUCCUUCCUAUGAGUGGGUGGCCCUGCUAACAAAAUGCUGCAUCUGAGUUUAGCCCUGGCAGGUAGUGUAGGAGGCAUGUUUGCUUUAGGCCUGCACUGUGGUCUGGAUGCAUUUUCAAAGAGAUCUCAAUAAACUGAACCUUUCUUCUCUGCGGUGAGGUUACAUCUUCACCUUCACCAGUUUUUUUUUUUUCCUAUUUUUUUUUGUUUUUUUUGCUCCUUCCCACCAGCGUUACCCCUCCUGACUCCACACCUCCUACUUCGCUAAAACUGACUCCAGCAACAGGGCUCACUGAUCCCUCUGUCAUUUUAUUGAAUAAUUUGCUGCCUCCUGACAAGAAAGAAACCACAGUGAUUCAUUCCACCCACAGUAUUUACAGGUCAUGGAUGACUUACUCACGACUCACCCCCCCCUCCACACCCCCAGUGGCCGUCACCAGAUCCCCUUUCUCUACUUCUAUAAAUCAAGAGAGAGUAACUGACAGCUAAGCCAUGCCACGUCAACUACCCCCAUUUUGUCAUCCUUGUCUCCUUAUGUGCUAGA